UGUACUUGGAAAUGAGGUAUCAGUCUUGGAGUAGGCGACUUUUAAAAAGCAUCGGCAGCCCGUGAUAUGACGACUUCGCUGGUCCUGCAUCCACGCUGGGCGGACACCUUGAUGUACGUGUAUGAAAAAAGCCCGAAUGAAAAUAACCAGAAUAAAAACCAAAUUAUGGAAGGAUUGAGCGGGAAUUGCCCUGCGACUCAUUGCAGGGAACUGAUCUCACACCCCGCGCUGGGGCGGCAUUCCGGCACCAUAGCGACUCACCAGGGAUCCGUGUACUCGGAUAUAUCCUCCCCUGAAACUGGGCGACAGUGCCCCGCUCCACAGACGUCAUCUAGCGCCUCUCUGAGUUACGGCUAUCCCUUUGGAAACCCUUACUACGGUUGCAGAUUAUCUCACUCGCACAACGUGAACUUGCAGCAGAAACCAUGUUCAUACCAUCCCGCAGAAAAAUAUGCCGAGACGAGCAGCGCCUUGCCCACGGAGGAGCUCUCCAGCAGGGCAAAAGAGUUUGCUUUCUACCCGAGUUUUGCCAGCUCGUACCAGGCGGUUCCAGGAUAUCUAGACAUGUCGGUGGUCCCCAGUAUUAGUGCGCAUCCCGAGCCACGUCACGAUGCAUUGAUCCCCAUGGAUGGAUAUCAACACUGGGCUCUGUCGAAUGGCUGGGAUGGGCAGGUGUACUGUUCAAAGGAGCAAACACAGUCUUCUCAUCUUUGGAAAUCUCCGUUUCCAGAUGUUGUUCCGUUGCAGCCAGAAGUCAGCAGUUAUCGUCGAGGGCGCAAAAAGCGUGUUCCCUACACCAAGAUGCAACUAAAGGAACUGGAAAAAGAGUAUGCAGCAAGCAAGUUUAUCACCAAAGACAAGAGACGACGCAUCUCUGCGACAACCAACCUCUCAGAACGCCAAGUUACUAUUUGGUUCCAGAACCGCAGAGUGAAGGAGAAAAAGUUUGUCUGUAAAUCCAAGACUAAUAAUCACAUGCAUACUUGAUGUAUGUUUCGUGCUUUUUUUCCCGCCAGUUUAUACCCUUCUGUCCAGAAAGUCUGAUAUUUACCUCUGUUCAGAAAUCGUGAAUGAAGAACAUCCGGGCAGCCUCAAGCCUAACCUGUCUUCUUUCACUUUAUUUAAUUUAAAUCAUGCACACAAUACCAUAACCGCUCACUCUUUAGCUUUUUGGGCAUAUGAUACAAAACUGUGAAAAUGCAGAAAAAAAGAAAACAUUUCAACUUCGUCCUUUUCUAUGAAUGUACAUAUAUAAAUAAUAAAUAUUUAAAAUUACACAAAUAUCAAAGAGACACAUGGUUUACGUGCAUCUGAAAAUAAAGGGAGAAGCGAGCCUUCUGCAUCUCUUCCUGAGUGCGUCAAAGCCAACCAGCCAGCAGAAAACACUCGAGGUGCUCAACACGCACGAGAAGAGAGAGAGAGAGAGAGAAACAAAAAAAAUUC